AUGUCAAAUCCAAGCCCGGGAAUUAGGGCUUCUGAAAGAUUGGGGAAGAUGUCUACCAGAAAAGAAAAGAGAGGGAGAAAGAAAUUGGAGACGAGCACUGCCUCCUACGAUACUAUCCCAGUUUCAAGAGGCGUAAGGGUCAAUGUCGUUGCUGGCGGAGAGGUCGAGAUCUCUCUGGCAACUAAGUUGCGAGUAGUGAUUCCUUCCCGUUCAUCGUCAGCGUCGCCCUCGGAGAUCAAUACAGCAGGAGCCGCCGCAGCCGCCGCAGCCACCUCUGCCGCUGCCACAGCUAAGGCAAAAUUGGCCAAGGCAGCCGCCGCAGCCACCGCUGCCGCUGCCGCAGCUAAGGCAAAAUUGGCCAAGGCAGCCGCGACCAAGGCAGCACCGACCAAGGCUGCAGCGGCCAAGGCCGAAUUGGCCAGAGAAAAAUGGAUAUACGAGAAUCUGGAGAUAAGAGGAGGCUGUAAGUCCAGAAAGGUAGCCGCUCGCCAGAUGUCUCCUGAGGUUGCAAAUACUUGGAAGCCCCAUUCAGAUACAGAUUCAGAAAAGGCGGAGGCUACAGGUUCUGAAAAGCCUAAUUCACCUUCACCUUUACCUCUUUUUGAUCCCAGUUCAGAAGAGGCGGAGGCUACCGGUUCAGAAAAGCCCAAUUCACCUUUACCCCCUUUUGAUCCUGCGGCCAAGUUUUUGAGUUUGAGUCAUUCACCUGGUAAAGCCAAAGUUUUUGAUUAUCCCCAGAGUUGGGGAGAAUGGGAGGAGUAUUACAAAAUCAUGCACAACACCCAGGGUUUUGGCAUUACCAGGGCUCCUGAUGAAAGCUUCAAAUCUACAAUUCGACCUUUCCUUCUGGAAGGAAAAAUUCUUGUGGAAAAGAAGACAACCAGUGCUGAUAUGGCCACCAUAUUCAAAGAGAAGAAUACUGUCCUUGCUAAAAUCCAUGCUAUGGCCGAGGAAUGCAUUAAAUUUUACAACAAAAAUCAUCAAGAUGGACAACAGUUCACCUUUGAUGAGAAGGUUGAGAGGGUAGCGUUUAGCCCUACAUCUGUGUAUUCUCUCUAUUUUAUUACCUUCAAAGCUUCUGCCUGUGCCGAUGAUGGUUCCAGAGAUUCUAGGGACUCAAAAACGUUUCUAGGUCAGUAUAAUGUUAUUUUUGGGGCUACGGUUAAGGAUAAGAGCGGGCCAUCAUUUUGUGUAAUGGAAGAUGACCUUGAAAAAGUUUGGAACAAGGACAAGCCUUGCGAGCUUAGUUGCUGUAGUCGCUAUUUUAGUUAUCCUGUGAGGAGCCAAACAUAUUGUGACUAUGCUAAUAAGCGCUGGAAAAUUCACCGUGAAGAAAAAACUGCUUGGGUGCACAGGGCACCUGCUUGGAUGGUUGACGCAAUGCAAAGAGACUAG